CCAAACUGAAGAGCUCCCUACUUUCACUUUCUCUCUGAUCGUUAAUCGUCCAAGUGUACCGUUUCAGACGGUUUCUUAUCAAAAAAUAUGUUCCAAACGAAAAAUUUAUUCAGAGUAGUGCAGCAUAACUGUUGUUUGUCUCUAAGAUUGUUAAGUUCAAAAUCAUUUCCAAAGAUUUACACAAAAACUGGGGAUAAAGGUACAUCUGCCACUUACACAGGAGAGAGACGGUCCAAAGAUGAUGUGAUAUUUGAAGCUUUAGGUUCCACCGAUGAACUUAGCUCAGCUAUUGGAUUAGCAGCCGAGUUCUGCAAACACCAAACUCUCGUUGAUCAGCUAGAACAGGUUCAAUGUGUUCUUCAAGACAUAGGAUCCUGUGUAGCUACUCCACAUUCCUCAGCAAGAGAAAUUCACCUGAAAAAUACACAAUUUGAUAACACAUAUACAACAGAUUUAGAGAAAUGGAUAGACCAUUAUACCGGUGAAUUACCUCCCUUGAAGAAUUUUAUCUUGCCUUCUGGAGGGCAUUGCUCAGCACAAUUACAUGUAGCCAGAUCCAUUUGUAGAAGAGCUGAGAGAAGGGUUAUUCCAUUGGUGAGAGCAAAUGAAGUUUCUCAAGAACCGUUGAAAUAUUUAAAUAGACUGAGUGAUUUUCUGUUUACUGCAGCGAGGUUCUCAGCGUCAAAAGAAGGCCAGGAGGAAAAGGUUUAUCACAGACCUCAACACGGCAAUGACAGUGAAUCUGUGAAAUAAUAAAUAAUGGUGCAUACAUGCGACAUAUAUUCCUACUCCUAUUUCAUGUUUUCUUCAACAAAGUGGGGAUUUGUGACUACAGUUACUUUUGGAAUAUACUCAGUGAUGGGCAAUGAUAUGAUAGUGUUUAUAUAUAUAUAUAUAUAUAUAUAUACAUGUAUAUUAUAUAUAUAUAUAAAUAUAUUAUAUAUAUAUAUAUAUAUAUAUAUAUAUAUAUAUAUAUAUAUAUAUAAAUAAUAUAUAUAUAUAUUACAGUCUCAUGAUGAAAGCUAGCUGCAAUACUGAAUGUGUUGCCCUCUCCAACUUCUUUUUAUUCUGAUGUUUCCUCUCCCCCUCUCAAAAAAAGUCAGAGAGGGCUACAUUACAGCUAGAUGAAAGUAAGUCUUGAGGAAACUUUAUCCAUCUUUUCUCGAUAGUUUACCUUGGGCCAAUAUUUCUCUUCAAUUGAUGAAAUAAAUGCCAUUAAUUUUUAGAAAUGUCAGCAGUUGUUAUAAUAAUUCCAAAAAUAAUAUUAUUAGACUAAUUAUGGCAGAUGUAACAUUUUGAGUACAAAGAAAAAAUAAAUCACAAAUACUUUUAUACAUACAUAUUAAGUACUCUUGAAGGUUAUGUUAAAAUUGCCAUAUCUCUGCUAUAGGUGAUCAAAGAAUUAUUGUAAACUAUUGAAAAAUACAGCUGUACCGUAACCAUUUCCAAGAUCAGUACUUUUAUAUCAUCAAAACUGAAUUAGAAUUGACUUUAUGAGAAUGAUAGUUUUGUAUGAAAUAUGAAGGGAAUUUUUUCUUUGGGCACUUACUUUUGGCCGACUGUACUUGUGUUGAUUAUCUUUAUGAAGCUUUGUGAGUCUCC